AUGGAGAACAAUCUCGGGCGGGCGAGAACGAGGUCUGCAGCAGCAGAAACCGAACCUCCAACCUCCCCUACGAAUGCCUCCCGAGACCGAGCGACCUCAUUUUCGAGAAGGGAAACGCAGGCACAAGAUGGCCCGGGCAUCCGCCGGCGGAGCUCGGCCGCCUCGAGAGUAUCCAGACUAUCCGGCCCCUCCAUUGGCGAGGGGUCGCAAGGGAACUUCACACUGGCUGGCCCAACGGAAACUCCCCAAUUGCGUGCUGCCCAGGAACCCUUUGUGCAUCCUGGUUACACUGAUCUCAACCCGUCCUAUGAGCAAGCCGCCAACACCAAGCCGGUAUGGAGUUUGGCCAAACCGCUGCCGCGUGUGGUGCGGUCGGGGAUGGUGCCAACAAAGGAUGAGUUGCGAGACUCUCUGCAAAAUGCUGAGCGGCCAGCCCAGAACUCGCAGGAGCUUGGGCUAGACGUUGACCCCAAUGACCUCGAACAGGGACAGAUUGAUCCAUCUGCUGAUCCACGGAAGAUGGCGGCUCAGGUGGAGGAUGCCCGAUUGCAGCGUGAGGCCAAUUUCAUGAAUAAAGUCCUGAGCGGUGGUGACGGCACCUCCGCACGGCCACCGUCCGGCCUGUCGCGCAUGUCGUCGGUCCGCCGGCGACGCUCUUCGGUUGGGGGCGUGCCUCCAGAUCAGGUAAUUCCGGAAGACGAGGAGCAGGAAUCCCCGACGGACAGUGAGCCCAAGAUUCCGCAGCAUCCGAGUGAUGAACCGCUGCAGACAGUACCCGAAGAACCCGAAGAUCACGACGAAAAGUUUGAAUUCCCAAUCCUUGACGACACGCACCCGGAUGACCUGCACCCAUUGGUCCAAGACCUGGUCGAAGAUGAAGUGCACAACAACCACACGACCUGGUCAGUCAUCCGCACGCACCACCGCGAAGCCCUGGCAGAGGCCCUGGCAGUCUACAUCCAACUCACCAUCGCCUUCUGCGCCGACCUAGGCGUCACCAUCGCCAACAACGGCAACCCCAACACCACACAAUGGGCCUGGGGCUUCGCAACCAUGAUAGGAAUCUAUAUCUCAGGAGGCGUCUCGGGCGCACACCUCAACCCCGCCGUCACCGCGAUGCUCUGGUUCUACCGCGGCUUCCCGAAGCGCAAAAUGCCCGAAUACUUCACAGCCCAGUUCCUAGGCGCUUUCUGCGCAGCCUUCACAGCCUACGGCCUCUACUACCAGUCCAUCCACCAAUACCACAUCACAAACCUCGACAAUACGGGCAUCAUCAACAGCUUCGUAUCAAGCCAGCGUGAAACCUGGAUCGACUCCUGCUCGGCCUUCUUCACCGAAUUCCUCGGAACAGCCUUCCUAGCAGCUACCAUCCUAGCUCUGGGCGAUGACCAGAACGCGCCUCCAGGCGCAGGCAUGAACUCGCUUAUCAUCGGGCUAGUCAUUACCUGUCUCUGCUUCGCAUUCAGCUAUCCGACCGGCGCAGCACUGAACCCGUCGCGAGACUUCGGGCCGCGACUCGCACUGCUUGCACUGGGGUACGGUGGCGAUUUGUUCCGGAAUCCAUACUGGUUCUACGGGCCGUGGGCGGGUGCGGUUAGUGGUGCGUUUGCUGGGGGGCUCUUGUAUGAUUUCUUUAUCUUUGAGGGUGGGGAGUCGCCGGUUAAUUACCCGUUGGAGAGGACGCAGAGGGCUAUGAGGAAGAGUCGGAUGAAGUGGGAGAGAAGGCUUCAUUUGACGAAGCAGGCGUAG